UUUAAUUAUAAAUUUUAUAGAUUUUAACUAAACACUAUCUUAAUAAAUAAAAAAAUAUGGUUACAAAAUAUAAACAUAAAUAAUCAGUUAAAAAAAAGAAGAAGAAGAAAGAAACACUAUCUAAUCAGUGAUGACAAACAAACACAUUCCUUAGUGACCACCAAAAUAUCAUUACAGCCUAAACUUAGAGCUAAGCUUGUCCGGAUAAUAUGUUUCCAAAAAAAUCCAAAUUUCACAAAUAGCCGUUACCCUAUACCCUCACAUGCACCUCACGUGACCUUACAAUUUGAAUUCGGACCUGAAGUGCCUUUUUCUCAAUUCCAAUUUAAUCACCCCUUUCCCAUCCAAUAUUUCAAAAAACGCAGCCACUCCUCUCUCUCUCUCUCUAUUCCAUUCAAAACUAAAACAAAACUCAAAACCAAAAUAUUAAAAAGAAAAAAAAAAAGAUUCAAUAUCUCCAUCUCCGAUUAGGUUUUUCGAAUCGGGAUUGUUUAAAGGCGAUGGAUAAUAAUAACAAUAAUUGUAAUGGAGAGUCUGUUAGGGUUGCUGUUAAUAUUCGUCCUUUAAUCACGUCUGAGCUUCUCAACGGUUCUACAGAUUGCAUCACCCUCGUUCCAGGAGAGCCUCAGGUCAAUAUCGGAUCACAUGCGUUUACUUAUGAUUAUGUAUACGGGAGCUCCGGAUCACCUUCGUCUUCAUUAUACAACGAUUGUGUUGCACCGCUCGUUGAUGCAAUCUUCCAUGGCUACAAUGCUACAGUUCUUGCCUAUGGCCAGACUGGUUCGGGAAAAACAUACACGAUGGGAACUAAUUAUACGGGAGAAGGAAGUAACUGCGGCAUUAUACCAAAAGUGAUGGAAACUAUAUUCCAAAGAGUUGAAACUAUGAAAGACUCAACUGAAUUUCUGAUCAGAGUAUCGUUUAUUGAGAUAUUCAAGGAGGAGGUGUUUGAUUUGCUUGAUUCUAAUUUAGGAGCUUCAUCAAAAGGUGAAGGAGCAGUAUAUAUUGCAAAGCCCGCGGCAUUGCCUACAAGAGUUCCAAUUCAAAUCAGGGAAACAGUGAACGGGGGAAUAACACUUGCUGGUGUUACUGAAGCAGAAGUUAGAACUAAAGAAGAGAUGGCUUCUUAUUUAUCGCGCGGUUCCUUGUCCAGAGCCACUGGAAGUACCAACAUGAACAGCCAAUCGAGUCGUUCGCAUGCUAUUUUUACCAUUAGUAUGGAGCAAAAGAAGCUUAGCCAUAAUGCAGAUGAAACAAAUCAUGAUGAUUUUGGCGAUGACAUCUUAUGUGCGAAACUACAUUUGGUGGACCUUGCUGGUUCUGAACGUGCAAAACGAACAGGUGCAGAUGGCAUGCGUUUUAAAGAAGGCAUUCAUAUCAACAAAGGCCUACUAGCUCUUGGCAAUGUGAUAAGUGCCUUAGGAGAUGAAAAGAAGCGGAAAGAAGGGGGUCAUGUUCCAUAUCGUGAUAGCAAGUUGACUCGCUUGUUACAGGAUUCUCUGGGUGGAAACAGCAAAACGGUGAUGAUAGCAUGCGUCAGUCCUGCUGACACAAAUGCCGAAGAAACUCUGAACACAUUGAAAUAUGCAAAUCGUGCCCGCAACAUUCAGAAUAAAGCAGUAGUGAACCGAGAUCCAAUGGCGGCUCAGCUUCAAAGAAUGAGGAGCCAAAUUGAGCAAUUGCAAGCUGAGCUACUGUUUUAUCGUGGAGAUGCAAGUUCACCGUUUGAUGAACUUCAGAUUCUCAAACAGAAAAUUUAUUUGCUUGAAGCAAGGAAUGGGGAAUUGCAACGAGAGCUUCAAGACCGUCGACUCACCUGUGAGCACUUCUCGCAAAGUGCUCUUAAUGCUCAGUUUGAAAAAGACAAAUUGCUAAUGCAAAUCGAAUCAGCUCGUCAAGGGAAAUCUUGGGAUGAUAUUGAAUCUAAUCAGGAUCUUGAUAUGAUGAAAACUUAUGUUUCAAAAAUCCAAGAAUUAGAAGGGGAAUUGCUGCGCUUGAAAAACUUGUCCAACUCAAAGUGUGGUCGAUUUGUUAAUUGUGCUGACUCUGAUGAGGAAGGUUUAAAUUCAAAAUUUGUUUCAUUUUCAUCUCUAAAUGAGCUCGCAUCCAAUUCUGAUUCAAAAGCUGUGGAUAUUUCAGGAGAGGUUGAAGAUGAGGAAAAGGAGCUUGAACAUUCUUCUCUUCAAGAAAGAUUAGAUAGGGAACUGAAAGAAUUGGAUAAAAGACUUGAACAGAAAGAGGCCGAAAUGAAGCGUUUUACAAGUGUUGAUACUUCAGUUCUUAAACAACAUUAUGAGAAGAAAGUGCAGGAAUUGGAACAAGAAAAGAGAGCUUUGCAGAAAGAGAUUGAAGAUUUGAGAUGCAAUCUAUCAAAUAUAUCAUCCAUUUCUGAUGAUGGUGCUCAGAAAUUGAAGGAAAAUUAUCUUCAGAAGUUGACCGUCCUUGAGUCACAAGUUGCUGAGUUAAAGAAGAAACAAGAUGCUCAAGCUCAGUUAUUAAGACAAAAACAAAAGAGUGAUGAGGCAGCGAGACGACUCCACGAGGAGAUUCAGAAAAUCAAGACUCAUAAGGUUCAACUACAGCAGAAGAUCAAGCAAGAGUCUGAGCAGUUUAGAUUAUGGAAGGCAUCACGUGAAAAAGAAGUUCUUCAGCUAAAGAAAGAGGGAAGAAGAAACGAGUAUGAGAUGCACAAGCUGUUAGCUUUGAAUCAGAGGCAGAAAAUGGUUCUGCAAAGAAAGACAGAAGAAGCUGCUAUGGCCACUAAAAGGCUAAAGGAGCUUUUAGAAUCUCGAAAGGCUGCCUCACGCGAAACUUCUAGUGCUGGAAAUGGCAAUGGUCCUGGACUACAGGCUCUGAUGCAAGCGAUUGAGCAUGAGCUUGAAGUCACAGUACGAGUACAUGAAGUUCGCUCCGAAUAUGAGCGUCAAAUGGAAGAGCGGGCUAGAAUGGCCAAGGAGGUAGCAAAAUUAAAGGAAGAAACAGUGAUUCUUAAACAAACUAAUUUAAGUAAUUCUCCAUCAAUGAUGUCUCCUGGUGCAAGAAAUUCAAGGAUUUUUGCAUUAGAAAAUAUGCUUGCUGCCACUUCUAGCACGUUAGUUUCUAUGGCAUCCCAAUUGUCAGAAGCUGAAGAGCGUGAACGAGCAUUUAGUGGCAGGGGUCGCUGGAACCAAGUUCGAUCUCUAGCUGAUGCAAAAAAUGCGAUGAUAUAUCUGUUCAAUUUAGCAUCAUCCUCCAGGUGCCAAUUGCGAGAUAAAGAAGUUGACUGCAGAGAAAAGGAUAGUGAAAUAAGAGACUUGAAGGAAAAAGUAGUGAAACUCAGUAGUUUAGUUAGGCAUUUGGAAGUUCAGAAGGCAGAACUCAUUCAGCAGGUUAAGUCACAGAAUUCAGCACUGAAGAAAUACUCCACGCGCAAUGAAGAAGAUAUUGGGGUUCAUGACAUCAACGGUGGGGAACGCAAGUAUGGAUUGCGCAAGCAGGGGUACCGUAGCUCCGUCUUAUUCUCUGAGGAUAUGGAUACAUCUGAAUCAGAACAUUCAGAGGGAAAUUGUGAUGUUACUGAUGAUGAAGAUAAUGAAUGGGAACCUUCAGCACGACCAAUGAAACGGCGAACUAAAAAAAGAAUUUCGAAAGGUGGAAGCAGUUCAAACAUGGGAGAUAUUAAUGAUCCAGAAAACUCAGAUUUGGAUUUAUCAGGUGAAGGAUUCACCGUUGUGGCGGAAAAAACUGCAGCUGGAGUAUGUUGCACUUGUAGUAAAUAUUCUUUAUGCAAGACAAUGAAGUGCCAGUGCCGGGCGGCUAGCGGUCACUGUGGGGCAUCAUGUGGCUGUGUGCCAAGUAAAUGCUCCAACAGGGAAGGAGCUCUGUUGGAGUUAGAUGAGUUGGCUCAGUGUGCUGGGACUGGUUCAGGCUCCGAUGAAGCAGAGAAGAGCGAUCUAGCUUCUCAUGGUGCAAUGCUGCUUCAAAGUGCACUGGUUGAGCAGCCUGCUGCGACAAACGAUGAUGUUCCGGUCAGAAGGAAACCUUUGUCAGACAUAGGGAAUACAGUGGCCAAGUCCAAUGCACCAAAGGGUGAUCAGAAAAAGAAAUGGCGCAAAUCUACUAUUCAGCUUGUCCCAGUUGUUCCUCUCCCCACGACCACACAGCCAGAAAAAACAGAAGCCGCCCAAAAGCCAGAUAAUAAUAGUGCAGGUGAGGUUGAUGGUCCUUUGAAGUUACCUAGGGCUAUAGCUGCAUCAAAUAGCAGUGGCCUGUUGAGAGAGAGGAAUGCUGGUCAAUCCAAUGAAGUAGUUAACAAGGAAAACGCUGUACAUCCCACAAGAAGUCCUGCUCGGCCGCCAAGAACAUCUGAGGAGAAAGAGAACUAUGGCCGCUAACUCUAAAAUCUAUUUCCUGACCAACAAACAAACCGUCCAUUACACUUACCAUUAUUGAUUCUUGUAUCAGCGGGUUUACUGAAGGAAAAGAAUUUAUGAUUGUGUGUAGGAGAAAAGAGAAUGUGAAAUUGAUUUCUUUCUAGAAAUCCAAAGAAGACGGACAUGUUUUUAGACUAGGAAAUGUUGUUUUGUUGUUUUGUCCCGUCUGUCAUUGUUGUUUCGCUGCUCUAUUAAUGGUAUCACAGAUUCAUUGGUCCAA